GGGACCGGGGGAGGGGGCGGGCAGCAUGGCGGCGGCGCACGCGCGGCUCCUGGGGUGAAGCCGCGCCCUGAGGAGAAGCCGGGCGGAGGCGGGGAGAUGGCGAUGCGAGAUGAAAGCAACCAAAACUACACCUUGCAUGCCGUUGAGCCACCAUUUGCGACGAGGAGGACCGAGGGACCUGCAGAGGUCACCAUUUCUCCACCGAGGCUCUCCACCUCUCAGCGAGGAACCUCCAGCUGCGGUUACUGCCUUCUGCUGAAACUGCAUGUGCUGCAGCCGAGUUAUUUCUAGACGAUCAGUUUCCUGCAAUAUUCUAAGAAGUUCCACCAGCAUAAACAUAAAUAAGUGGAAAAGAAGAUGUAAAGAAGGAGGGAAAAGGUGGCUGCUCAAGCUGGCACCAAUGUGAAAAAAAAGUGCUUAUGUGCAUCAAGGCCUGGUGGCUGAUCUGUCCCUGCUUGCCUGGCAGCAGCAGCCCUUGCGGCACUGGUGGCCAACCCUUCAGCUCCUGCAGUCCACAAACUGGCAGUGUACCCGGUGCUCUGAGAAAUGGAGAGCUGUGCAAAGUUCCCCUCCUGUGGAGCUUACAGCCAGAAAAAUCCUCUGUGCACAACCCAGGCUGGCAGGAUGGCAGUUGAUCCGCAGUGGGAGCCCAAAGAGUGAAGUGGGUUUGAAGGGAGCACAACUAGAAAGACAUUCCAAAACUGGCUGCAUGGUAUUUAGAGAUCUGGGUACCAGCUGUAACGUGCACAUAGUUGCAGAGACUUCUGUUCAGCUAAGAAUGGGCUGCGGACUCAGGAUGCUUAAUCGAAGUGGUGGCUCAGAAGUAGACUGGCUGUUCAGUCUCCAGUGAAGCAGAUGAGAAGUGCAAUCGGUCUCAGCCAGAAGAACCAGGUACCCUUCGAUCUCUGAGUCCUCUAAUGAUCUUGCAAUGACACUGUUUUAUUAAAAAUGCACAGCAAGAAGCAGACUUCAGUGAAAUACUAUGUUGGAAUUGAUGUUGGAUCAGCAAGCGUUCGUGCGGCUUUGGUAGACGAGUUUGGGACAGUAGUGGCGCAUGCGGAGCAGCCAAUCCAAAUCUGGGAACCCCAGCCAGACCACUACGAGCAAUCCUCUGCUGACAUAUGGGCUGCUUGUUGCACGGUCACCAAGAAAGUCGUCUGUGGCAUAGAUGCCAACCGGAUUCGAGGGGUUGGUUUUGAUGCUACAUGUUCCCUUGUUGUUGUGGAUAAGCAGUUCCGACCUUUGGCAGUCAACUCUGAAGGACAAAACUCUAGGAAUGUUAUUAUGUGGAUGGACCAUCGUGCAGUCAGUCAAGUAGACCGCAUCAAUGCAACGCAACACAGGGUUUUGAGCUAUGUUGGGGGAGUGAUGUCUGUGGAAAUGCAGCCACCUAAAUUGUUGUGGAUAAAGGAAAACUUGCAAGAAUCAUGCUGGGAGAAGGCAGGCUACUUCUUUGAUCUUCCAGACUUCUUAUCUUGGAAAGCCACAGGUGUUACUGCAAGGUCCCUCUGUACAUUAGUGUGCAAGUGGACAUACACUUCAGAUGGAGGUUGGGAUGACAGUUUCUGGAAUAUCGUUGGCUUAGAAGAAUUGGUGAAGGAUAAGUAUGAAAAAAUAGGAAACCAUGUCUUGUCUCCUGGAGAGUCUGUUGGAAAAGGUCUAACGCCAGAAGCUGCAAAAGAUCUUGGUCUUCCUGAAGGGAUUGCAGUAGCAGCAUCUCUCAUUGAUGCGCAUGCUGGAGGACUAGGAGUAAUUGGAGCAGAUGUGAAAGGACAUAACCUGCCAUGUGAAAACCAGCCAAUUACAUCACGAGUUGCUAUGAUCUGUGGAACAUCUUCAUGCCACAUGGGGGUCAGUGAAACACCCAUUUUUGUGCCUGGUGUUUGGGGACCUUAUUUCUCUGCUAUGGUACCUGGAUUGUGGUUGAAUGAAGGAGGUCAGAGUGCUACAGGAAAACUGAUAGAGCAUGUGGUCCGAGGCCAUGUUGCCUUCCCGGAAUUACAAUCAAAAGCCGCAGCCAGAGCUCAAAGUAUAUAUACAUACUUGAACAGUCACCUGGAUCUGAUUAAGAAAUCCUUGCCUGUGGGUUUCCUCACUGUUGAUUUACAUGUUUGGCCAGAUUUCCAUGGUAACAGAUCUCCCUUAACAGAUCUGACACUAAAGGGCAUGGUUGUUGGACUAACAUUGUCUCGGGGUCUGGAUGAACUUGCCCUUAUCUACUUGGCCACGAUUCAAGCCAUUGCUUUAGGAACAAGACACAUUUUGGAAACUAUGCAGGCUGCAGGGCAUCAUCUCAACACCCUAUUUCUCUGUGGUGGGCUGAGCAAGAACCCUCUCUUCGUGCAGAUGCACGCUGACAUUACUGGCAAGCCUGUUGUCCUGUCCAAAGAAGUGGAGUCUGUUUUGGUGGGUGCUGCUAUUCUUGGAGCUUGUGCUUCUGGGGAUUUUGCAUCUAUACAGGAGGCCAUGGCGAAAAUGGGAAAAAUCGGGCGAGUCGUGCAGCCUAACCACGAGCACAAAAGGUUUUAUGACAAGAAAUACGAAGUAUUUCUGAAACUUGUGGAACACCAGAGAGAGUAUCGCGCCAUCAUGAAAGGCUUCUAGUCCAGAACCAUAUAAUCUGGGAACAGCAGGGAUACAAUUUCAGGGUAAUUUCUUUUCACUGUACUGUCCAUGGUAAAAACGUGUUUUUGUCAUCUAAAUUGUAUAUUUUCAUUAUUAAUGAGAAAUAAAAUGUAUAC